AUGGAUGAGGAGCAGCCAGGGAGGACACUGGGGGUGCAGGCCCUGGGCACAGAGCUGCAGGAACGGGCUGACCCCACAUCAGGGCUCCCUGGGAAACUGGAAACUGAGCUGGGAGAGCACCUGGAGCCACAGCCCCCCUCCCACCAAGGGGGAGCAGCCCAUGGGGAUGGUGUCCCUGAGGUGGCUCCAGGCCCAGGAGUGCUGGAUGAGGAGCAUGCCAGGACGGAGGCGCAGCCCCAGGGAGAGACCACGGACUCCAAAGGGCUGGAGGUGCUGCCAGCCCCAGCUGAGCGUGCAGGGAGCGAGGAAGAGGAGGGAUCAGGGGUCAGGCAGGGAGCGGGGGCUGAUGAAGACAUGCAAGCACAGGAGGAGGCUGAAAGCCUGGGCACUACUGAGGAGCAGAGCAGUGGUGCCAAUGUGCAGCUGAUGGCAGAGGGGGAUGAGCUCAGAGUGAGCCCAGGAAGGAGCACAGGGGCAGAUCUGCAGCUCAUGGGAGUUGAGCAUGGUGAAGGGGCUGAUGAAGACAUGCAAGCACAGGAGGAGGCUGAAAGCCUGGACACUGCUGAGGAGCAGAGCAGUGGUGCCAAUGUGCAGCUGAUUGCAGAGGGGGAUGAGCUCAGAGUGAGCCCAGGAGGGAGCACAGAGGGAAAUCUGCAGCUCAUGGCUGGAUCCUCAGGGACAGUGCAGGGAGGGAGUGUGCAUUCAGAUGUGCAGCCUCUGGAUCAGGAGGAUAAAGAAGAGGUUUUGGAAAGGGAGGCAGAGGAUGCCCAGGAAGAGAUGGUGUUCCAUGAGGGUCCCAGCCCAGAAGGCCCACAGGGAGGAGAGGGUGACAGAGCUGCUCAGCUGGAGGAGGAAAAGGAAGAUGGGGCACAAGGACAGGGUGAGGAUGAGCUGCCACACAAGCCUGAGCUUGAUCUGCAGGGAUCAGGGGUCAGGCAGGGAGGGGGGGCUGAUGAAGACAUGCAAGCACAGGAGGAGGCUGAAAACCUGGACACUACUGAGGAGCAGAGCAGUGGUGCCAAUGUGCAGCUGAUGGCAGAGGGGGAUGAGCUCAGAGUGAGCCCAGGAGGGAGCACAGGGGCAGAUCUGCAGCUCGUGGGUGAGGCUGGAUCCUCAGGGACAGAGCAGGGAGAGACAUUGGAUUCAGAGGUGCAGGCCCUGGAUCAGGGGGAUAAGGCAGAGUUAGUGGAAGGGCCAGCAGAGGAUGCCCAGGCAGAUCUGCAGCUGUCAGAGAGUCUCAGCUCAGGAGUCCCAUGGGGAGGAGAAAUUGAAGAAAAUGUUCAGAUUCAGCAGAAGGAUGAUGAGGCACAAGGACAGGGUGAGGAUAAGCUGCCACAUGAGCCUGAGCUCGAUCUGCAUGGAUCAGGGGUCAGGCAAGGAGGGGAGGCUGAUGAAGACAUGCAAGCACAGGAAAAGCCUGAAAGCCUGGAUACAGUGAAAGAUCAGAGCAUUGGUGCCAAUGUGCAGCUGAUUGCAGAGGGAGAUGAGCUCAAAUCAGCCUCAGGAGAAAGCACAGAGGCAGAUCUGCAGCUCUUAAUCCAGACUGACUCCAUGGGGACAGAGCAGGGAGGGAAUGUGGCUCCAGAUGUGCAUCCCCUGGAUCAGGAGGAUAAAGCAGAGGUGGUGGAAAGGGAGAUGCAGGAGCUGGUGCCUGACCUGUCUGGAGUGACCAUCAGACAGAGAAGGGGGACAGAUGCAGGUGUGCAGCCUGUGGAGGAGGCUGAGAGCCUGGGCACAGUGGAAGAUCAGAGCAGUGGUGCCAAUGUGCAGCUGAUGGCAGAGGGGGAUGAGCUCAGAGGAUCAGGGGUCAGGCAGGGAGGGGAGGCUGAUGAAGACAUGCAAGCACAGGAGGAGGCUGGAAGCCUGGGCACUGCUGAGGAGCAGAGCAGUGGUGCCAAUGUGCAGCUGAUGGCAGAGGGGGAUGAGCUGAGAGUGAGCCCAGGAGGGAGCACAGGGGCAGAUCUGCAGCUCAUGGGAGUUGAGGAUGGUGAAGGGGCUGAUGAAGACAUGCAAGCACAGGUGGAGGCUGAAAGCCUGGGCACAGUGGAAGAUCAGAGCAGUGGUGCCAAUGUGCAGCUGAUGGCAGAGGGGGAUGAGCUCAGAGGUUGUCCUAGAGCUGCCCUGGACCCAGAGCACCUGUACAACGUGCUGUUUGUUGGGGACUCCCACGUGGGCAAAACGUCGUUCCUGUACCGCCUGCACGCCGACACCUUCAACCCCCACCUGACAGCCACUGUGGGACUGGAUUACCAGAUCAAAAACCUCGUUGUGGAUAACAAGCGCUUUGCUCUGCGCCUGUGGGACUCAGCUGGCCAGGAAAGGUACCGCAGCAUGACCAAGCAGUUUUUCCGGAAGGCGGACGGGGUGGUGCUGAUGUACGACAUCACCUCCGAGUACUCCUUCUCCGACGUGCGCUACUGGCUCAGCUGCAUCCAGGAAGGAGCAGAGGAUGGAGUUGCUGUUCUGCUUCUUGGGAACAAAACCGACUGUGCUGCCCAGAGACAGGUCCCUACAAAGGAGGGUGAAAGCCUGGCCAAGGAGCACCAGCUCAUGUUUUACGAGUGCAGCGCUGCCUCAGGCCACAAUGUCUUUGAGUCCAUGGUCAGCUUCACCAGGUUGCUCAAAGAUCGUGAAGAUGAAUUGAAAAAUAAAACAGAAGAGGUACCAAAGGCACCCCAGAAGAAAAAGAGCUGCUGCUGGUGA